AUGAAUGAGAUUGAGAUCAGCCCAGUCGAUCUGACCGAUGCGAUUGAUGUUGAUGAAUCCCUGGUUCCCGUUAGGGACAUCAAACAAGCCAGCCAAAGCAAUGUAGAUUUUGAUGGCCUACUGGCGACGCCUCUCCUCCUCCAGGAAGAUCUCAAAGAGGGCUGUGGAGGCCAACUAUGGCCAGCCGGCAUGGUUCUUGCCAAGUAUUUGUUACGUCAGCAUCGCUUUAGCCUUGCCCAUAAAUCAAUUAUUGAGCUGGGCUCUGGUGGCGGCUUGGUUGGGCUAGCAAUUGCACGGGGUUGUCAAAUCGGUCCGUCGCCUGUGUUCAUCACAGAUCAAGCGCCGAUGUUAUCCUUGAUGGAAACAAAUAUCAAGCUUAACAAUCUUUCGGACCUUGUUACAGCCAAUAUAUUAAAUUGGGGAGAGCCAAUCCCCGACUGCAUUCCACAAAAGCCUACGAUUAUACUUGCGGCCGAUUGCGUUUACUUCGAACCAGCAUUUCCUUUACUGAUAUCGACCCUGAAAGAUCUGCUUGGUCCCGAGUCAAUAUGUUAUUUCUGCUUCAGAAAACGUAGACGCGCUGAUCUCCGGUUCAUGAAGAUGGCGAAAAAGCUGUUCAUUAUUGAUGAAAUCCAAGAUGACCCUGAUGCGAAAACAUACCGGAGAGAGAACAUCUUCCUCUACGCCAUGCGCCCGAAAUCUAGUGAAAGAACUAUACAAAGCUUAGCAGCGGACUAG